UUUUUUGAAAUACUUUGAUUAUGGGUCAUUUUAGUGAUCGGAAAACGAGACUUUCAGUCAAUUUCGGUGUGGUUUUGUGACCACACGAGUGGCCACACGAGUGUGUACCCCCACACUGGUGGUUCACACGAUCGUAUGAAAUUAAAAUUUAGGGUUUUCGGGCUACUUUGGGUGCCACAUAGCCGUCUGGCUGAUUUGGGAAAAAUAGUCGAUUUUCACACAGCCGUGUUACCUGGACACACGGGCGUGUAUGUUUAGGAAUUGGGGAUUUAGUGAUUUGGUGCCACAUGGCCGCCUGGCUAAUUUGGGGAUUUAAAGAUCUUACACGGGCAUAUAUUUUGGACACACAGUCGUGUCUGGUGAGCACACGAGCAUGUGAGACCCUCGCACGGUUGUGUCUGCUAUGUACUCUAUUUUAGCACAAAUGGACAGAGAGUUACAUGGUCGGAUCACACGGCCAUGUCCUUAGGUCACACAGGCAUGUGCCUCCUUCCACACAGGCAUGUGCCCCUCCAUAUGGGCGUGCUGACCUCCCCACACAGCCUAAGCAUUUCCACACGGCAGUGUGGCCCUUUCUCGCUGAUUUUUUAUCUGUGUCAAUUUCAGGCUUCAUUGGGUUUCUGUAGGUUCCAACUCUUAGCUAAGUCUCAGUAAUGGUGGUCAGGACUUUGUUUCGGCUUUGACUUGUGUGUUUUUUUUGUUACAGCUUUAUGUAAGUAACUCGUUGAGGGUUAUUCAUUGUUAUUAUGAAAUUGAUUCUGAAUCUGGGAUAGUGUGUGUAUGCAUUUCUAAAUCUAUUUGAUUGGUGUGUAGGAGUCUAUAUGUGAUGUGCAUUCUGUAGCUGCACAAGAAUUCUAUGAUCGGUGUCUAGAUAUGAGUUUUUGUGUCCAAAUAACUAUCUGGAAAUUUUGUAUUUUGAUUCUAUACGCCUGUCUGCAUACAUACUUUUGCAUGAAAUUAUUUAGGGUUUGGUUGUGAAGAGAAGGAAGGUGAUUCGAUCCGAUCUGGCGCUUUAAUCAGUAACUUAUCGGUCUGACGGUUUACCGUCUGCAUCCGCAUGUAUGUCGACUUUCUUUGUGUACUAUUAUCUGAUCUGGUAGUUUAAACUGCAACAUGUCUAUACAGUGGUUUACCGCAAUGCACUGUACUGCAGAUACGUCAGCUUUGCUGCAUAUUAUUAUCUGAGUGGCUUAGUCCAAAUACAUGGUGUGUAAGGUUGGAUGGGCCUUUCGAGGUCCUAUGUAGUGUGUUUGGUUAGAUGAGCUUAAACAACUCUAUUAGGGUGUGAUCGGGGGACAGAGAGGUGUUUUGUCUGAACGGGUAAGUUUUCACUACUUGGCUGCAUUCAUAAGCAUUUGUUUAAGCAAUUGGGUGUAAGUUUGUUUGUCUGCAUUCUAUCUGUUUGACUUAUCAUUUGUGAUUGUUCUUGUGUGUAAUGACAUUUGGUAACACUGUGUGUGAUGAUAAGUGCUUUGCUUAAGUACGUUUCACUGUUAUACUAUUAUCUAGAAUUCCAGUCUGUAAUUCUGUUAUUGGUCAUGUCUCGAACUCACACUGAACUCGUGUAGCUCACCACCUUAGUGUUUCCCCUUUCAACUACGUUCCCGAUUUCUGUUGCUAGACUCGGCACGCCGGAGGUCUCGGAGUUACGCGUUUUAAAUAAUUAGUUUAAGUACUGUUUUAAAAACUAUGGUAUGAACUUUUGUAUUAAAUACAAGUAAGCAUUAUUGGGACUGAGUUUCUUUGUAAUACUGAAAUUUUAUAUCUGAGAGUUUUUACAAAACUUAAAUAUUGUAAUGUUUUCGGUUUGUUAAACUAAAAUUUUCCCAUGAUCGCUUCGGUGAUUAAUGUAACCUCUGAAAUUCAUCUAAACUUCUAGGUAGGGUAUUGGGGUGUUACAGAGAUAGAAGGACUAAAUUAUAAAAAUUAAAAAGUUUAAGGACUAAAGUGUAAAUUUAAAUAAAAAUGAGAAAAUGAAAUAUUAUUGAUUAUUUUUAUGGAAACGUAUUAGAUUAUAUAUUAGUGUGAUAAAAAACACUUUGGAGCUAAAUUGGAAUAAAUUCAAAUAUAUACGAAUUAAAUUGUAAAUUUUUCAAGGAAUGAUUAAAAGUGUGAUUAAAUUAGCAUUUAAUAAAUAAAUUUAAAUCCAAAAUUUAAAUUAGGUUAGUGAAAAUUAGCAUAAACAAAUAUAUUGGCCACUAAUUUUCCAUUAAAAAAAUAAUUAAAAAAAAAAAAAACAAGUAAAUUGGACGUCCGGACAAGUAACAACUCCCCAGUCUUGAAGUCUUAGCUAAAGCAAAGACAAAAAAAUUCCAUAGUUCGAACACCUAACAAAAUCAAAACCUUUUAUCCCCACUCUCAUUUCUGAAUUGCGAAUUUUUGCAGAAGCAUACAGCAAAGCAGAAACGAUUAUGGCUUUCCAAGGGAAGAAACUCAUCAACAACCCCAAUGAUGUGGUUACUGAAUUUAUUGAGGGUCUUGUUGAAACCUAUCAAGGAUUGCAAUACUUGGAUGGCUUCCCCGAGGUGAAGGUUGUAUUACGUGCUGAAGUUUCAGGUGCAACAUAUGACAAGGUCGCUGUGAUAUCAGGAGGAGGCAGUGGGCAUGAACCUGCACAAGCUGGAUACGUGGGAGAAGGGUUGCUAACAGCUUCAAUUUGUGGAGAUGUUUUUGCUUCUCCCACAGUUGAUUCAAUUUUAGCUGGCAUUCGAGCUGUGACUGGUCCCAUGGGGUGUCUUCUAGUAGUCACGAAUUAUACUGGUGACCGCUUGAAUUUCGGUUUAGCAGCUGAGCAAGCAAGAUCUGAAGGCUAUAAAAUAGAAACUGUAAUUGUUGGAGAUGAUUGUGCAUUACCUAAAUCUCAAGGCAUUGCUGGACGAAGAGGUUUGGCAGGAACAAUCCUUGUAAAUAAGGUUGCUGGAGCUGUGGCUGCUGCUGGCCUUUCUCUUGCUGAUGUUGCUUCAGAGGCAAGACGUGCAUCUGAGGUGGUUGGAACUAUGGGUGUUGCGUUAUCAGUUUGCACAUUGCCUGGUCAGGUCACAUCUGAUCGCUUGGGUCCAGGGAAGAUGGAACUUGGUCUAGGCAUUCAUGGGGAACCUGGUGCUGCUGUGGCAGACCUUCAGCCUGUGGAUGUGGUGGUUACUCAUGUUCUUAAGCAAAUAUUGGAAAGUAAUUAUAUUCCAAUUACUCGAGGCAAUAGAGUGGUGCUCAUGAUUAAUGGAUUAGGUGCCACUCCUGUGAUGGAACUAAUGAUUGCAGCUGGAAAGACUGUCCCUAAAUUGCAGCUAGAAUUUGGACUACUUGUUGAAAGAGUGUAUACAGGAUCAUUUAUGACCUCUCUCGAUAUGAAAGGAUUUUCAAUCUCUAUAAUGAAGGUAGAUCAAACUCUGUUGCAACACCUGGAUGCUUCCACUAAGGCUCCACAUUGGCCUGUUGAUUCUGCUGGUAAUCGUCCACCGGCCAAGAUUCCAGUUCCAUUGCCAUCAUCUCGUUCAAUGAAGAGUGAUGAGUUAUUAAGUCGGCCACUGCAGCUUACUGAACAGGGCCAUAUUCUUGAAGUGGCUAUUGAGGCAGCUGCAAAUGCCAUAAUCAAUAUGAGAGAUAUUUUGAAUGAUUGGGAUAGCACAGUUGGUGACGGUGACUGUGGGUCAACAAUGUAUAAAGGGGCAACAGCAAUCCUUGAUGAUAUGAAAAAAUACUAUCCUUUGAAUAAUGCCGCAGAAACAGUGAAUGAAAUUGGAUCAUCUGUGAGAAGAGCUAUGGGAGGAACUAGUGGGGUCUUAUACACUAUAUUUUGCAAGGCAGCAUAUGCACAGUUGAAAGCAAACUCAGAUUCAACUGUCACAGCAAAGCAAUGGGCUGAAGCACUUGAAGCUGCCAUCGCUGCAGUCAGUAAAUAUGGUGGGGCUAGUACUGGAUAUCGCACGUUAUUGGAUGCUCUUAUUCCUGCAUUAGCAGUUCUUAAGGAGAGGUUAACUAGUGGUGAAGAUUCUUGUACUUCUUUUGUUCUCUCAUCUGAAGCAGCAGUGGCAGGAGCUGGAUCAACUAAAGACAUGCAGGCCCAGGUUGCUGGGCGGUCAAGCUAUGUGUCAGCAGCUAUACUUGCAACAGUUCCGGAUCCUGGAGCGAUGGCAGCAGCUGCGUGGUACAGAGCUGCAGCUUUGGCUGUGAAGGAUAAAUUCCAUCCUUCUUUUAACUCGUCUAUCAAUAAAUCAGAAUCAUAAUAUUCAUUUGUAGUCUUUCUUUAAUCGAAUCUACCAAGGCGUUGCUUUUGUGGUUUUAGCCUUGCUUUUCAAAAGUGUUGUAAAAUAGAAAAUAUGUAUUUAGACUUAAAUUAUAAUAAAAAUAUUAAAAUUAUUAAUUAAGUAAA